AUGAACGAAACGAAUGAAGAAGACGAGCAACCUCACGACAUUGAAGAACAAGCACUCAUCAUCAACGACGAACAACUUUACACUCACCAGGAUCAUGCAGCAGAAGCGGCUCCUACUAGUAGCGGAGAGCAAGAUAAUUUCAAAGACGGAGUUGAUGUUUCAUCUCCCUCUGAUUAUGAGGCCAACAGUUCCUUGCUUUCAUGGCUAUUAUUUUCUUUUGUGAGUCCACUGAUUCAUGUCGGAUUUAAAAAAGCUGGAGGAAAGUUUAUGUUUUCGAAUUGGCUUGAAAGAAUUUUGCAAUUGCUACGAAUACGAAAUUAUGUAAAUAUUGAGGAAGACAGUAACGAUGCUAGUCAAUUUAAUGGAAUGUCUCACUCGGAUAUUCCUAAAUUAGGCGCAGAAUUGAAAUGCAAGAAUCAAUUUGAAAAAUUUAAUCAUUCUUUCAAAACGAGUUUUGAGCAUGAACGAAAAUAUUAUUCCAAAGAUGGAAGUAUUCGAAGAAGUCAUGGAACUUUACUGAUAUUACUAUUAGAAAGAGUAUUUCGAUGGAAGGGCUUUUAUGUGAACGCAUUGUGGAGAUUGGUUUCUGUUUUUGCGAGCUAUUUGUGUCCAUUAAUUUUUUAUGUUCUAUUGGAAUCAAUUCGAACACAAUAUGUACAAAAUGGAGAAAAUAAGAUGGAUGACAGUGUUGAAAGUAAUAGGACGUCCUUGAAUGGGUUUCAUUCUGUGCCAGAUCUAUACUCAAUUUCACUGCAAUCUCAAUUCUAUUCUAUACAAAGUAAUUCACAAAAUUUCACCUCACAACAAAAUGAGACAAGUAAUACCUAUUGGAUUAUUGCACAACUUCCUCUCAGUAAUAUUUACUUUCAAUUUUUAUUGCUAGUUUUACUAAUAAUCCUUAAUAUUAUUUCUCUGAUUUGCUUACAGCAUUAUUAUUAUGCAAAUUGUAAAUUGUGGCUAGCAGUAAGAGGAUCGCUGCAAGCAUCUAUUUUUCAAAAACUCACAAGAAUUACUCCUACAAAUAGAAGCAAAUUUCAAAGUGGUGAAGUAACCAAUUUAUUCACAACAGACUCGAAUCGAUUGAGUGGAAUGGCCAUCGACAUGCACGAACUAUGGAUCAUUCCUCUUGCAGUGUUGUUGGGAAUGAUUUUAGUCUUUUUGUUUUUUGGAUAUAGCUCACUAGUUGGUAUUGUUGCCAUGUUAGCAAUGAGUCCUCUCUUAGCUCUGCUAGCAAGGUGGUUAUCAAAAAUUGAAACAGCAGUCUCCUCCUUUAGGGACGAUCGAGUGAAAACAAUGAGCGAAAUUUUGAACGGUAUUCGAAUUGUUAAAUUCUUUGCAAUGGAAGAUGGAAUGAAAGAAAAAGUGCAUGAAUCAAGAAGUAAGGAAUAUAAUGGUCUUCAAAAAGGAGCAAUUGUUAGAAAUCUUCAACAAUUUGUCUCUGUGUUUGUCUCUAUUGCAGGAAGCAGCGUGACAUUUAUAUGCUAUCAUUAUUUCGGAGGAGAACUAACUAUCUCUUCCAUGUUCACAGGUUUGGUGCUUUUUGAGAACAUUAGAAAUCCACUCUUUCACUAUCCCACAUUUUUGUCUUUAGCAGUAAGCUCAUAUGUGAGUGCCAAAAGAAUUGGAGACUUUUUAUAUGCCGACGAGUUGUCUCACCUUCCUCACGAUCAUGCCAAUAUAGCACAAUUGCCAAGUCAUCAUCAAUCCUCUAAGGAAGAUGGCGAUACAUUGACUGAUGACAACAUUGCCAUUCAAUUCAAAAAAGCAACAAUCACAUGGAACGACGAGUCAGAUGCAGUUCUUAAAAACAUCAAUCUUACUCUCAAAAAGGGUAAAUUAUAUUGUAUCAUUGGGCAUACUGGAGUUGGAAAAUCAAGCUUAUUUUCAACCAUUUAUGGAGAUACUAUCAUCAAGGAGGGUUCUCUACAUGUUCAUCCAAGUUCUAAAAUAGCUCUUAGUGAUGAAAAUCCAUGGAUGAUUAACGGAUCCGUUCGAGACAAUAUCAUUUUCGAUAAGAGUCUUCCAUUUGACCAUGAACGGUAUCAACAAAUUCUUGACGUAUGUCAAUUAAGAGAUGACCUUGAAGAGUUCCAAAACUAUGACAUGUCUGAAAUUGGUUAUUCUGGAAUUAAUCUUUCACUUGGACAAAAGCAUAGAAUAAGUUUGGCACGUGCCUGUUAUUCCAAUGCUGACAUUAUUCUCAUGGAUUCAUCUCUCAACUCUGUGGAUGCUCGUUUAUGUAAGAAAAUAUUCAAGGAAUGCAUUCAGGAUUAUUUGAAAGAUCGAACUCGAAUUUUAAUCACACACUCCCUACAGCUAUUGGAAAUGGCCGAUGAAGUCAUUGUUCUCGAUAAGGGAACAGUGGUCGCACAGGGACAUCUCUCAGCUAUAAUGCACGCCUAUGACUUUUCAAAGUUAAUUAGAGAAAAUGAUGAGGAGUCAAAAACAGAUCAUCCAAUGGCACAGACGAAUGACUUGACGAGUGUGGAAACAAAUUUGAAAACAGAAUCAUACGUAACAAAGAAUGGACGAGAAAAUAAGAGUCUUCCUUCGUCACAAAAUGAAUCUCCCAGUACUUCGUCUUCAAAAGGUAAAUUAGUAUCAAUCGAAGAGAAACAUUCUGGAGACAUUAGUUGGAAAGUUGUUUUUAACUACCUCAAAGAAUUUGGUCUAAUUGUCUUUAUCAUUUGUGUGACAACCUCUCUGCUUGCUAUUGGAUCUAAGCUUGCCUCAAGUUUAUGGAUUUCUCUGAUGAAUAUGAAUACUUUCAAUAUUAGUAUUGCUUCCUACGUGUGGAUUUACUUUUUACUUGGAAUUAUUGAUGCCUUAAUCAUCACUGUGCGAGGAUCAAGUUUUGCAUUUGCUGCUCUUAAGAGCUCAAAUCGAAUUCAUGAAAAGAUGUUAAAUGGAGUGUUGAGAGCUCCAAUUUUAUUUUUUGAUCAAAAUCCAGUGGGUAGAAUACUGAACCGUUUCACACAAGAUCUCAACGCUACAGAUAGUGAAAUGUUAUUCACAUUGGCGAAUGGUAUCAACACGUUCUUGAACAUUGUUCUCACACUUGUAUUGAUUGCUAUUGUGACACCUUUAUUUCUAUUGGUUGCGUUUCCAGUAGCAGUUGCUUUUUAUAUUAUUCAAGCGUAUUAUAGAACAGCUUCUCGUGAUAUCAGAAGGUUGGAAUCUAUUUCAAAAAGUCCUGUGCUUUCUCAUUUUUCAUCCUGUCUGAAUGGAAUUAAUACUAUUAAGGCACUUUUAAUUCAUGAGCAAAUAUUUGAGGAAAAUUUUAUGAAAAUUGACUUUACAGCCAAACAUUCACACUAUAGAUAUUUAAUUAACCGAUGGCUUGGAGUCAGAAUUCAAGUGGUGGCUCAAGUAGUCAUUUUCUCAACUGCUGCAUUUUCUAUUCUAGCAAGACAUGUCACUCCAUAUGUGAGUCCUGCAUUUCUUGCACUCUCGAUCACUUAUUCUUUACAACUUACUGAACACUUCACACAAAUGGUUCGAUUAUUUGUAGAUUUAGAGAGCUCUAUGACCAGCGUUGAAAGAAUUCUUCAUUAUUGUCACGGAAUUGAUAGAGAAGCACCUACAGAGUUGGAGAAUGAUCCAAUUCCAACACAAUGGCCCACGCAAGGUCAUGUGAAGAUUGAAAACAUGUCUGUGAAAUAUAGAGAUGAUUUAGAUCCAGUAUUGAAAUCAAUUUCGUUGGACAUUCAGCCAGGAACAAAAUUAGGACUAGUUGGAAGAACGGGAUCUGGAAAAAGUAGUCUUUUAAUUACCUUGUUUAGAUUUAUUGAGCCAUUCCAGGGAAGUAUCACUGUGGACGGUUUGAAUAUUUCACAGAUUGGAUUAAAGACUCUACGAAAAUCACUCUUAAUUAUUCCUCAACAACCAGUUCUAUUUUCAGGUACUUUGAGAUAUAAUCUUGAUAUUUUCAAUGAGUUUGAGGAUUAUGAGAUUUGGAAUGCUUUGGAAAGAGUCCAACUGAAAUCAAAAGUCAGCCAAUUUAGUUUGCAAUUGAACGAAAUUGUUUCAGAGAAUGGUAGCAACUUUUCAAUUGGUGAGCGACAAUUACUUUCACUCUGUCGGUGCAUUCUUCGAAAAGCAAAAAUUAUUAUUUUUGAUGAAAGUACUGCAUUUGUGGAUCACAAAAGUGAUGCCCUAGUACAAAAAAUUAUUCGUGAAGAGUUUAAAGAUUCAACGAUCAUUACAGUUGCACAUAGACUGGACACUAUUAUUGAUUCUGAUGCCAUUGCUGUAAUGAGAAACGGUGAAAUUAUUGAGUAUGGUAAACCAACGGAACUACUUGAAAACCCCCAAUCCCAAUUUACCAAACUUGUCAACGAGACGGGCCAUAAAUACGCUUCUCACCUCAUUGAACAAGCAUUCAAAAAACAGUGUCUUGUCGAAGAACAAUAA